UAACUGGUUGGGGUUCUCUCUGACGUCCUCAUCAAAGCUGCUGCAACACUGAACGCUAUCAGGACGGAGCAGACAGCUGCCACACACACAUACACACACACUCCCACAGACACACACACACUCCCACAGACACACACAGUGUUGGCAUGAGGCCGCUCGGUGAGGAGGACUCUGCAGUGACAGGUGGGAUUAGCCGGUUCUUCGUCCAGGGGGCGCCUCCAUCUCCUCCGUGUCUCCAGGAUGUCGGUGAAGUUGAGGUUCGGCUCUCCCUCAGAUGGCUGCCUGGUCCACAGGAGGCGGUCCUUCACCGGGUUCAGCUCUCUGACUGGACGACGGCGGCCGUCUUCUGGUCGUAACACGACCGGAGGUAAAUCUCCCAGAAUGCACCUGUCUCUCAGCGGUGGGGGCGGGGCUACGUGGUCCCUGCAGCCGGAGGAGGUGGACCGGGUCUUCACGGCGCUACACAGGGGACUGAAGGCUCAGUCUGAUGAGUGGAUGAUGUCAUACAGAGAACAGCUGCAGGGCCUCCAGGCUGAGAUCAACUUCCUGUCGUCACAGCAGAGAGAAACCAAGAGGAACUCCAGACUGGCCUUCCUGUAUGAUCUAGAGAAGGAGGUCAGAGGCUUGGAGAGAUGCAGACGGAGACUGGAGUUCCAGAUCAGCAUGGUGGAGGAGCUCCAUGAGAGCUUCCUGGUCCAGUGGAGGCUCCUCCUGGGGGCCGUGAACAUGCAGCGAGCCUUCUCUCUGUCUCCGUCCUCCAGAGCCUCCAGAGACAGUCUGGUGGAGCUGAGCCGCAACUACCGGCACAGCCUGCAGGAAAUGUCAGUUAUGGAGGAAGAGUUGGAAACGAUGCUGGGAGAGCUGCACGUCAAGAUGAAGGGUCUGGUUGGUUUCGCUCGGCUCUGCCUUGGAGACCAGUACGAGGUGGUGAUGCGAUUGGGUCGCCAGCGCUGGAGGACGAGAGGGAGGAUCCAAUCAGACGACACGCAGACGUGGGACGAAGAGGAGAAGGUCUUCCUCCCUCACAUCCACCACCACUUUGAGAUCAAGGUGGCCGAGGCGAAGGCUCUGGGUUGGCUGCUGGUCGGCAUGGUAACGUGUGCCAGUGCAGACUUCUUGGUGGCAGGAAGUCAGAUGAUGGAGGUGGAGGUGACGGAGCUGGGGACCAUGAAGCUGCAGCUGGAGGUCACCUGGAGUCCCUUUGACAGGUUGAGGUCGACCAGCAGGAAGACUUCAGGUUACAGCUGGACGGCACCGAGUACCCCCAACUUCAUGCAGCACGGAGACGGUUCUCUGGUGAGAGCUCGACCAAUCAGAGGAGGCGUGUCUCUGGUCAACUUCCUGUCCAACCAGCCACACCCCCAGAGUCCCUUCAGCCCGACCCAGAUGUCCCUCCUGGACGUGUCCACAGAGGAGGAGGAGAGGGGGAGGAGUGAAGAGGAGGAGGAGCAGGAGGAGCAGAGGAGGAGUGGUGCUCCCUCUCCUGCUGCACCGAGGGCCCCAGACCUCCUCAGGAGGAGCCCGGCCCAGGCCCCCCCCCGGGUUCAGGACUCGCCCCCGGCCCCGCCCACUCUGCCCCCGGUCCUAAGCCCCGCCUCCCCCGCCGCCCCGCCCCCGAGCGCCGCCCGGCGCCGGGCCCUCGCCGCCCGGCUAGGAGCCCUGAUGGAGGAGCUGGAGGAGGCGCUGAAGGAGCAGAGCGGCUCCGAGGCGGAGCUGAGAGUCCUGGAGCAGCAGGUCCUGCACCUGGCCACCGUCCUGAAGAACGACCUCUCUCUGCUGAGCGGCUCGUCUUCAGAGGAGGACGAUGUGGAGGAAGUCCUGGGCAGCUUUGACUUCCUGUCACAUGACGAUGACACUUCCUGUCCGGGCAGCGCGAGGCGGGCCGGCAGCGGUCCUCUCAGGAGACUCGGACCGUCGACUUCUGAGGACUGUCUGGGCGUCGCCCCGCUGACCUCUGGGAGUUGGAGUCUGGACCAGACCCUCGAGACUCACCUGGACAUCUGCUGCAUCCUGCUGCAGGCCAUCGGGGCGACGGCCUUCAGGCCGACGAGGGCGGAGCUGCUGCAGGAGACACGCCUCCAGGCAGACGUCCUGCAGAGGAUCAGCUGCUUGCUGCUGGAGAACCACAGCGUGACGUCGGCCGCAGACGUGCUCCCGGAGGCGCAGCAGGAGGUGCAGCUGCUCUGGGACCAGUGCUGCGCGGGCGGCGCUCCGUUCGGCUGCGACUCGACUCGGUUCUGCAGGACGAUGAAGAACCGCUUCACCCACCAGGUGGAGGCCAGAGUGUUCUCCCUGCUCCUGCAGCAGCUCCAGGCCUCCUCCUCGGUGCCCGGUGCUCCUCCUCCUCCCUGCAGCCCUGACAGAGUGACCGUCUUCCAGCUCUGGACGUUUCUGAAGAGAUGGAAACUCAGAGAGGAGAGAGGGCUGAGAGGGGUCAUCACACGGCUGACCACUGAGGAGUACUUCCUGUCGGCCCUGAGGAGCCCCAAACGGAGGCGGGCUCUAAAUAAGAUGAGGGGGCGUGGCUUGGCGGAGCUCCUCCCCCUGAGCGACACGCUGCAGACUCUGGCCGCCAUGCAGCUGGACUCCAACCACCGAGUCUGCCGCGCCGCAGCCGGCUGCCUGUCCAGGGCAGCCGGCUGCGGCGCCUUCAGGAGACAGGCUCUGGUUUACUACACCGAGAGUUUGAAAAGCUCUGAUGUUCAGAUCCAACAAGGAUCCUGUAUGGCUCUGAAAUGCCUCAAGGCCACAGAGAGCGUGGACCUGGUCUCAGACCUCUGGAGCUCUCGUGAUGAAGACGUCUGCAGCGCCGCCAGAGAGACGGUGCUCUCCUUCGGUAAGAAGGGCUACCUGGCCUUCCAGAGGAUGGACCAGCUGUCCACUGAGAUGCAGGAGGAGCUCCACCAGAACCAGGAGACUGAGAUCACCUUCCUGUAGGACCGGGUCUGGACCUGAACCGGGUCUCGGGGAUCCUGAGCGUCUUGAGGAACCAGGACUCUGAGGCUUCGUCCAAUGAGAAGAGACUUCUCUGGAGACCUGAAUGUUUUGCAUAAAGGAGGCGGAGCCACAAGAGUUCUACUGCAGCUAUGAAACUCCUGAGAAAUGUCUUAAUAUUACACAUUAUAUAAUUAUACUCAUACCAGAAGACGAUCACCUGAACACAUGUUAUAGUGAAUUAUUUGUUUUCAGUGUUUUGUUUUCUUUAAUUCACUCAAAUAUAAAAACAGAAGAAAAACAAUUAAGUUUGUGAAUGUUUGAACGUCUCAGACCCUGAAAAUACAAAGUAAAUAAACACAGUAGAUAAACAGUAAA